AUGGAACCCGGUGUUUUCCACCUCAAACAAACCACGGCCUUCUACGGCUCGUGUCUGUUGACCAUUGCGUUUGUCGUCUUUCUGUCCGCAACCCAGCCCUUCAUUCUCACCGACCUGCUGGGCUACCGAAAGAAGGUGGCGACCCAUGUAGGCAAUCUCGCUGUCGCCGACGAAAUUGUCAGCAUCAUCGUCGCUCCUGCUCUGGGAGCCCUCAGUGACAAGAUUGGCACCCGAAUCGUCACAUCUGUCGGAGUGUGUAUCAUUGGCACCUCCAUCAUGCUCUAUACAACACGGCAGACGUUGUACCCGGACAUUCUCAUUUUCCGAUGUCUUUUCUCCGUCGGUGCCUCGGCUGCGGGCUCCAUGAUCACCGCCAUGCUCUCCGAAAUCUCCCAGUCCACCAUCUCCUUCUCCUUCUUCGGCUUCCACUUCCACUCAGAUCCUCCGGAGGCUGGCUACGAAACCGACCACGAUAAGAGAAAGGCCAUUCUUCCCGUUCUUGUCGGCAUUUCAACUGGCCUGGGAGCCGUAUUUUCGCUUCUGGUCUUCCUGCGACUUCCCAGCCAGUUCCCAGACCUCUCCAAGGGAGACGCCCUGCAGCGAUCGUAUUUCAUUGUUGGAGCUAUCGCCAUUGUUGCCUCCGGAAUUCUUUUCCUGACUCUUUACCAGGAUCCCAACAAGAGUCUCAAGGGCUGGAUUCGUCAGCAGCGAGGUUUCUCCAUCUCCGCCUCUGUCAACAAUGAAGAGCGUCCCGAAGAACAGGCCGUGCAGGUGACUACUCCUCCCUACGGAGAACUCAUCAAGCAGGGCUUUGUGGAAAUGACCAAGGAGCGAUCUGUAAUGCUUGCCUACGCCGGCGGAUUUGUUGCAAGAUCCACCACUGUGGCCACGGCCGUCUUUAUCCCCACCUUUGUCAAUCAGUGGUACCACAACAACGGCUACUGUGGCCCUGACAGAAAUUACAAGGGAACCGACCGAUGUGAGGAGGCUUACGUUAUGGCUUCCAUCAUCUCCGGAGUCACCCAGCUGGUGGCUCUGCUCACUACUCCCGUCUGGGGCUUCGCCGUCAGCAAGUUUGGUCGAACGAUCUGUAUCACUGCUGCUGCUUUGUUUGGUCUUAUUUCCUCGUGGAUUCUUUGUCUCAUUGACUCUCCCCAGACUGCCUGGUUCAUGGUUUUCUGUGGCUUCAUUGGUGUUGGCCAGAUUGGAGUUAUCAUCACCUCCAUGAGCUACUGCACCGACGUGCGUGCAGAGAUUCGAGGUUCCAUUGCCGGAGUCUACUCUCUCUUUGGAGGAGCCGGUAUUCUGAUUCUCACAAAGGUCGGCUUUGCUUUGUCGGACGAGUGGGCUCAUGCUGGCUUCUUUGUGCUGGGAGCCUUUGAUCUGAUGCUUCUAUCCGUCAUCUUCUUUUCUUCCAAGUUUGGACAGGGCUUUAUUCGGGAAAUUCCCAGCGUGCACCUGUAA